AUGACAUUUGGAGAAGUUGGAGAGGAAUGGAAAAAACGUGUGCCAUUUAUUGUCGAGUUUAAUGGUGAGACCAAUGAAGCAAAUUGUAAUUGUCGAUUAUUUGAGUUUAGAGGAAUGGUGUGUCGACAUCAAUUGAUGGUGUUCCAUGAAAGGAGAGUUCAAAAAGUACCAGAGAAGUAUGUCUUGAGAAGAUGGAGAAAAAAUCUGAAAAGGGCCCAUACUAAAAUUCGAAUCAACUACGAUAACUCUUCAUCGACAAUUGAAGCACGCCGGCAUGACAACAUGUGCAAUCUAUUUAAUAAGGUUGCCGAUUUGACGAAAGAUUCUCACGAGAAGUAUGAUAAGGUGAUGGGAUGGCUACGAGAGCUAAAAAGAGAGUUGAUUGAAUGUUCGGAUGAUUGUGGUAGUAAUAAGACUUCCGGUAUUCCAAAUGAUACUUGUCCACUUGGAGAUGGAGUUCUACCUUCCAAAGAGAGCAGGAAGAUCCUUGACCUGGUAGCUCUCCUUCGAAAAGGGAGACCGCCAACAAAAAGAAAGCAAGGUUUUGUUGAAAAGCUUGAGAAUGAGAAGAAUGCAGAUGGCAAUGUGUUUGGGACACAAGAAAGCGUUGCAAAUGUGAAAUUCUUGUUCCAGAACUUGCGUCGGAAACUGUAUUCAUCUGAAACGCUUUUUCGAAAAAAGGAGACUCAAAAGGAUACUACAACAUCAUACUUUUAA